AUGUCCAACAAUCUAUAUUGCUUGUCGGAGAGUGGAGAAAGACAUGCCCUUGGAGUAGUUGUGGAACUUGGUCUUGAGGAUGUCGUGGACGUUGUCGGGGUUGGAGGUAAUAUUAUCAAAGAUGUGGAACCUACACCACCGCCGCAAGGAGUGGAAUACUGCCGCCGUCCGUCCCACUCAAAGUUCGCCAUCCGUCAUCUAUCUUCCCUCGUGCUCCAAGUCUUCAAUCCCUGUUCGCUGUCACCGUUCGCGGCUGCUUCCUCGAGCUCGGCAUCCGUCGUCUUUGUCUGCUCAGCCGUCCUUCCGUCGUCGUUUCUUUGCCGUUCACGUUCACGUCUUCGUUCAGCUGUCGUCUUCGUUCGCGUUCUUCGCCGUUCACGUUCGCUCGGCGUUCACCGUUCGCGUUCACUCGCUGUUCACCGUUCGAGUUCGCGUUCGUUUGGAAGCCACGUUGCUCAACUUCAAACUCUGCGACCAACCCGCGCGCUCCACCCAGCCGUCGAACUGCUCUCUUUUGUCGUCGUGAGUUCCCUAAACCCGCCACCAGACAAUACACUCACACAACACCAAUACUCUUCUUCAAACUCUGCAUCUUCUGAUUUCUAUUACAAUAAAAAGAGUGCAUUGUUUAGUGUGAUUAUUGGUUAA